GUAUGUGGGCGAAGUUAAUUUCACUCGACAGCAACUUCGACCCUGCGACAUUUUAAUUGCCAAGUCACAUGCACCCACGAGAAAUGAAGUGUGUGGAUGAGCGGAACACAGCGACCAAACUUCUUGACUUGCCCGCACCAGCAACAACCAGAUUUACGUCGUGGUUCCCGCAGGUCGAUCCGCUACCACAGUAUAAACAGCACAGUUCACGGCAACACAGCUAGUGAAUCUUUUACCUCAAAGUCGCCGAACAUCGACUUUAGUAGCAAUUCCCAGAAGCACUAGUCGAUACUAAGUACCACAGUACAUUUGUCAACAUGCCCAAGAACAAGGGAAAGGGAGGAAAGAACAAGAAGAGGGGAAAGAACGAGAACGAGUCCGAAAAGCGCGAAUUGGUUUUCGCUGAGGAAGGACAGGAAUAUGCAACAGUAGUUAAGAUGCUUGGAAACGGAUGGGUGGAAGCACAAUGUGCGGAUGGGGACAAACGUAUGGCACAUAUUCGAGGAGCGUUCAGGAAGAAGGUUUGGAUCACACAAGGCGACCUUAUCCUUCUUGGUCUCCGUGACUUCCAAGACUCGAAAGCCGAUGUUAUCCUCAAGUACACCCCCGACGAAGCAAGGAUGUUGAAAUCAUAUGGUGAACUGUCAGACAAUAUCAAGAUCAACGACACGCAGAUCAUGGAGGACUCUGACGAUGAGGUCAACGUCGAGUUCGACAUCGACGAGAUCUAAUCGAACUCCGACCCGACACGCACACCGCCCAUCUGUUUAUUAAUCCCCGCUAUGAGUUCAAUGUUUUGCCGGUGUUCACUCCGUUAGACUUUCGUGUCGGCGCCAAAAGAUACCAGAUGUCGAGGGAAACCUAUGUCAUCUGGACAUAAUCGCAAGCUUUUGGGGGCGGCGCGAACCACUCAACGCGGAGGGUUUCUCUGCGAUGAGGCAUAGGAAAGCUUUCAAGUUAUUUAUGGCCCUUUCCACGAGGGCUCAUACUACUUGGCCUACACUGCGUAGCACCAUUUUUAGUCCUCUGCACCUUUAUUUAGACAGAGCUUCACUUGUACAGAUAGCCAUAUUGAGAUUGUCUUCAACCUGAU